AUGGACGAAAGACGAGGUAGUGCAGGUGUCGUUGACACUUUGGCUCGCUCUUCUGACCAUUCCACUCCUUCAUCCUCCUCUGCUGAAGCAACCACCGAUUUACGAAGUCUUGCACUUCGAGCACAAACACUGUUGAGUACUCUCGAUACGCUCCGCAAGCACUGUGGACAUGAGAGCACCUCGUCGGAUAUUGCUACUGUCAUUGAGGAGUUGAAGCUGCUUGCCUCGGAGCUCCACAGCCUCGAUUCCGCGGUCCAUGCCAACAAAGAACUCUACACCGAGGCUUUUGGUGAAGAUCUGGGCGAGAUUCGUGCACAUCUCCGGGGCAUCUUUGAAGACAUUGCAGAUUGCUGCAAAGAGAUGCAAAAGGCCGAUGGCCCAAAUACCAGCGCAGUGGGCUGGCUGACCAAGAAGAGAUACGUACGCAAGUUGCAGAAACACUUGGAAGUCAACAAGACCACCCUGAUUGUGAUGCGCACUGUCCUACACCAUGGCAAGGAAUAUGGAACUUACAACUCUCCCGGUCGCCUAGCCGAGUCCUCACCACACACCUUGCAAGAAGACCUUGCUAUCCUUGAGACUGUCUUUGCAAGCAGGACCGCCAUCAAGGACCUCCAGACCCUUGCCAAAAAGGCCCAUGGACAUUCGCCUUCAACUUCCUCGAUAGGAAUUAACAAUCCCUCUCCAACCCUCCAACCAGGGGCACACGGCCGAAACUUGUCGUCUGCUACGGGUGUCGACAUUCCAGUGAUGGGAGACGUACUUCCAGCCAGCACUGCAGAUGAAAAGGGGAAGAAACAAGAUGCAUUAGCACGGAGGUUCUCCCGCCGCGGAGUGCGGUUGGCCGUCCAUAGCUCAAUCAUGGACACUAACGCACACGACGUCCCCAUCUCACUGCGGAGGAAAUGGAUUCACGACGCUCAACUUCGACAUGGCCCUGACUAUAUGGAAGCGGAUGGCCAAUCUGCUGCUCAGCUAAGCAAGAUUUCCGAAGUCAACUCCAAUUCUGGACAGGACGACGAGUCGGCAAAGCAAGGUCGUCAAUCAAGUCUCACCACACCGGAGGGUCAAACUGUUAGCAUCGCUUCAUCAACGUCGGGCCCGCUCUCGACGAAUUCGAAGAAAAGCUCGUCGCUGGCAAAUUCUCCAUUGGGUAGGAAAUUCGGGAGUGUCAUUGCUCGACUUUCUCGCCCGGCCAGUGAGCAACACGAAAGUGCUAGUGAACAUAAUGCCGAGGCAAAGCAGCCACAGCCACAUCUGCAAGAGGAGCAGACAUCAACAACCCUGGCUAUCCGCAUCUUCUCCUCGUCAAGCACCCAUCGCCACGGCCGCUUCGAACUCAAGCACACCGAUACCGUCUUCCUCCCGGACUGGACCACCCGCCCGUUCAUGGACUUGGCCAAUAAACUCUCCGGGCUGGACAUGUAUCUGUACAAUGCAGAGGACAGUCCAUGUCCACCACAGCCUGGGUUGUGCGGCGGGGAUAAUGUCCGUGGACAUCGGGGUUCGGUGUCGUCAAAUGCUCACGCUCAGGGUCCGAAACAGCCGGGUGAAGAUACUUUUGACGAAAAGAAACAUCCGCACGUGUCGGCGAGGGGUGUGGCGAUUGGUCACAUCGACGUCAAUGGUGCAGAUGACCGCGAGGGCGACGGUGAGGGAGACUGGGAAGUUGUCCCCCAGUAUCCAGAUUGGGACGUGGUCGGUCGUGGCGGCGAUGGCCGUGAGCGAAAGCUAUCGCUGAAAGCAGAUUGGGUCGUGUGCGAAAAGGGCCGAGACGGCAAGGUGCAAAUGUUUGAGGGUCCUCGAGUCGAAGACGGCGAUACUGCACUGUCCGCGUCGUCGGAAGAGAGAGCUCAGAUGACCGACACGUCUCUGUUUGAACCUACCACGCGACCUGGCAUUCGAGUUUCCGCAAAACCCAGCCCAGCACAUGCGUCAUAUAUACUCGACGGCGAUUUGGAUUCGCACCACGCUCGCGCCCGAGAACUAGAAGACAGUCAUCCAGCGUCGUCAGAUCGUGGAACAGCGAACGUGUCCAGAGUUGAUCUGGUACCCUCAAGAAAGUCAUACGAGCGAACUCGGCCAGGACACAAGCUACGACCACGGGCAUCACCGUCGACGGAUCUGGGUGACGAGGCUCGGAAACAUGAACAGGAGCUACAACCAGCACACUCAAGGCCCCUCCGCGUCUCGACCACCCGCAGGGCCAAACACCGCGCUGCCAACCCGACCAAGAACCGACCAUUCCCACCCGACGAACAGGAUCUCCCCUUUUUGAGUCCUUCUCCUCCUCCCCUUUCUCCACCACCAAAGACCGUCCUAACGACUCACAAAGACCUCAUCGGAGACCCCCGCGACCACGAGCAAGUCCCCGCCGCGUCGCGAGUGCUGGCAAAGGGUGACCAGGACUCCGCGGCGCUGAUUGCCGCGCAGGAACGGCUGGACGAGAAGCUGCAGCAGCGAGACCAGCGGGGGAUUUAUAGCCGUCACGAGGAGUGGCGCGAUACGGUGCCUUCGUGGCCGCCGCGGUUUUAUCAUUAG